UAAUAUUGAGAUCUUGCAAAGUUGCUUCCUAUUCCUAAAGAAUGUAGAAACCAGGAACUAUAGGGAAUGUUAGUUAGACAAGGAUUAACUGGUCCGCCUAUUUGCGGUUUGAUAUAUGCCAAAAUUGCCAAAAUGCGAACGUGACAGCUAUCUAUUUGACUUGCAAUUUUUAAAACUGGAUGUAAAUCCGGUCUGACGACCAGCAGAGUCAUCAAAAUUAAUCAUCCUCUUUCUAGCGAAGAAGGCAAUUUUCUUUUUUUUUUAGUUUACGAGCUUUUUAUAGAUUUAGGACGACGUGACCGACCACCUCCUUUAGCUUUUUUGGCGAAAGACAAACAUUUCAUAUUUUUCUAGGUUUAGGAUGGGAUUACCGCCUUGCAUUUUAACGAAAUCUUCGAUUUAGGAUAAUUUUACUUACCCUUUACGUUUUUUUAUAAAAACUAAAAAGUUUAUCCCGGAUAUUAACCCUUACGUUAAGAGAAUAUUACAAUUUUACCCAACGGUCAAGACGACAAUCGAUAUCGUUUAAGUUAAUUAAAUAGAAGGAAAAUAAUUUUCGAUAAGAAUUGAUUUGGAAACAUAAGUGGUAACUGCAAAAUCUUUACAUAAAUAAAUACUAUAUGUAACAAUUGUUGCCUUAUCUUAAAUGAUAAUUAUCAUGUUUUGAUGCUUUACCGUUAUAGAUAAAAAGUGGAAAUUUUCAUCGAUUUUUUUUGUAUAAAUAACCAAACAAAACUUUUUGCUAAUAAAACUUUUCGUUUGGCUCGGUUAUCUUCACCAGUUACAUUUAUAGCAAAAUGAAAGGAAUUAGCGUUAUUGCUUGCUUCGCAUUACUAAUAACCGUAGCGUCGGCUAAUGUAGUACGUGUGCCACCACAUUACGAGCCUCAGGAAAUCUAUGCAGAGCCUAAUUGUGCCGUUGUCACCGAUCACGCUCGUAAGUUUCGUGACAUUUCUGAUCCGACCCGUUAUUGGAUUUGUCCCCUGGGUAACGAAAAAGCUGAUACUGUUCGAUGCCCUGCCGAUGAAGCUUUUAUGGAGCAUUUACAACGUUGCGUCAAUUGGUCUGAGUGGAAAUGGAUUGAACCAUAUACUAAAUGAAUUUAUUAAUUUAUUGAAAUGAUUUGUAAUUGAAGACAACUUUAUUAAAAGUAAUUCACCCUUACAAGAUGAUGCACGUGUCCGUCUCUUUCAAGGAAUACCGUUUAGUAAAAACUUUUUUUUUUUUUUUUAAACCAAAAUUUCGUUAAGAAAGGAAGAUUAUUGAAAUUCCUGACUACUAUACCAUAUAUAGAUCGAAUAGAUAGUUAAGAGUAUUUUAUAAUAAGUUCAAUAUAUGAGAGUUAGUUAGCAGUGGAUUGGAAAAUGCAUCCCUGAUAGGGAUAGCUGGUUCAAACGAUCCUUGCAACGGAAGAUCUCUACUUGAAUACGUGAACACUUGAAAUAUUUUCUUUUUAAUACUCUAAAGUUUAAAUAAUAAAUAAAGUUUUUCGAGUUUCAAAUAAUAUUCUCUAAACUUCAAAUGCUUUAAGACAUAAUCUAUUUAACAUUAGAUGUGUAGACGUUUUGUAUAAAUCUAUUGUUAUUGAGACCUUAUCGAUUAGGAAUAUGUGGUCAAAAUAUGGGCAUAAUAUACACGCCCAGAAUAUAGGAAAAAGUAAACCAAUCUUAGAAAACAACAACAAUUCGAAAGCAUGCUAGCAUUUUCUUCACCCAGUCACAGUUAAGUAGCAAAGAAUUUUUGCAUAUUUCAUAAUAGAGUCCAGGUAUUCAUUAGGAUCAGCAUCACAUUCGAUUUCAAUGUGGUUCCGACAAGACUGCUAACGCAACCGUCCAAGUGCGCUUUCGAUUAGAUGGGAAUUAAAGUUUUAUUGGUAAUUUAGGACGUACCAAUAAACUGAUCGGGACCAUUUUUGCACUGAUCAUAUGUCAGGGUUGGCAGAUGUUUCUGUCGAUUAUUUGGAUCUGAAUUUCUCAUAAAUACAUUGGUGGAAUCGAAAGUUAUAGACGAAAAUUUGGAAAAAAUUAUCGAAGUUGUUUUAGUCCAGUUUCUGGACGCGUAUCUGAACGGAUCAAGCGAUUUUUUUAACCAGAUAUUCCUAAUCGUUCAGGUAACGUUUAUGCCCAAAUUUAAUCCUCCUAUCUUU